CACAUCUUUUCCUACUGCAAUUUUUCUUGCUGGGAGUUGUUAGAGAAAGUGAAUGCUUUCUCACAGUUGAAUACAUCAUGGGCAGUGAUAGGCUCAAUCUUUUACAAGGAAGGGAAGAUGCAAACAAAAUCUUGGAAAGCUCAUCAGAAGGUCUCACUGUGAAAGAAAUAGGUCAAAAACUGAUGAAAAGCGUGCAUCUAGAGAUAACUGGGGGGCGUUCUGCAUACUUCAAACAUGAAAAGCAUUUAGAUAAAGGGAUAUUACAAGAAUCAGAAGAUCAGUUGGAUGAAAAAUUUGUGACACCUCUAUACACAUGUCUCAUGGAGGUUGAUAACUUGAAUGACAUUGUUCUGAAGUUCCUUGGUUCAGACAAUCACAAAUUAAUGAUUGGAGAGGAACAUCUGAAGAAGAUCUUCAAUGAGGAAAUUGGAUCUCAAAUGGUAUUCAAUUACUUAUUGGGAAAGUUUCCUGUGAAAAAAAGUGUCACUGCAGCUUACUUGAAAUUUGACUUCAAACAAAGCCUUGAAGAAUGUCCUUUCAUUGAUGAAAUUAUGGGUAUUCAUAAGUCAUUACAAGUCAAAUCAUUGGAAGAUAACAGCUUCCGUCGUUUAAAAUAUCAGAUUAACCAUGGAUAA